GUCCCAUGCCUUUAUCCCAGGGACCAGGGCCACUCUCCUAUGCAGUGUUUGAUGGACCCUCCACCCAGCCUCCACUCGUUUUUCUGCACGGCCUCUUUGGAAGUAAAGCCAACUUCACCUCCUUGGCUAAAAAGCUGGUGCUUCAGACCAGGCGCAAGGUGCUGACGGUAGACGCCCGUAACCAUGGCGACAGCCCCCACAGCCCACUCAUGACCUACGAGGCCAUGAGCGCUGACGUCCACCUCCUCCUGCACCAGCUGCAGCUCAACAGGUGCAUCUUGGUCGGGCACAGCAUGGGCGGCAAGACGGCCAUGUCCUUCACACUCCGAUGGCCGGAGCUGGUGGAGGGCCUGGUGUGUGUCGACAUCAGUCCCAGUGAGACGACCGGCGUCACCAGCUUCCAACAUUUUGUGGCUGCCCUAAAGGCGGUGGAGGUUCCCCGGGGCAUUCCUCGUUCCACCGCGCGCCGUCUGGCCGAAGACCAGCUGCGGGCGACCAUUCAGGAGCCCGCCAUCCGCCAGUUUCUGCUCACCAACCUUGUGUACACUGAAGACAGGUUUGUGUGGCGGGUGAACCUGGAGGCCAUCUCCCGACAUCUGAAGGAUCUCAUGGGUUUUCCUGACUUCCGGACCUCCUAUCCGGGGCCUACUCUCUUCCUCGGGGGCUCCAACUCUGGCUACAUCAGCUCCGAUGACUACCCUGAAAUUGAACGGCUUUUCCCACAAGCAGAAAUCCAGUACAUCCCCGAUGCAGGACACUGGGUUCACGCGGACCAACCCCAGCAGUUUCUGGCCGCCGUUUGCAGCUUCCUGGAGCGUCCCCCCUUAUAGAAUCUCUGGAUGGGUUCCUUACAGAUUGACCUUCCCGAACAAGAUGGGGCAGGAGCAUCUCCUUGCCGGUCAGAAGACUUCUCUGCAGGCCGGUGGUCUCCGGUGCCCUGUGGACAGCUGGGCUUCUCCAUUCCCUGGUUGCCAGCUGAGAUAUUUGCAUGUUCUCCCUCCCUGUUCCCAGGAGGCGUGAGCAGAGUCACUCCUGCAGAGGGAACCCCACCGUGGCGACUGACUUGUCCUUCCCUCCUGUUAACUUUUGCACCUGUACAGUAUUUAAUAUUAAACAUGAUGGCGUUUUGA